AUGGAUAAGUCCAAGAACUUUCGGAUCGAUGCCCUUCUGGCCGGAGAGUCCCAGCGGAGGAGAAGUCGGGAGUCUGAUGUGUUCGAUGUUGAAGCCGCUGUGUGUAAACGGGCGGACAGCUCUCCGAUCCGGAGCAGCGCCACUGCGCUCCAGCAGCAGACAGGACUCGUACCCAAGCCCGGCCUGCUCACCAUCCCUCACCCAGGACUUAGCGCUUUAUCUCAGGGCUCGAUCGCAGGGAUGUACCCGGGCCCGGUGUGCUCUCUGAGUGCGCUGGGAGCGCAGCAUGCCGCAUUCCCCUACCACACCGCCUUCACUCCGCCGCACCCCGAGCAGCUGAAGGCCGCCGCCGUGGCGGGACAUUUUCCCUUCGAGCAGUGGAUCCGCGCAGGAAUCAUGGUGCCCAGACUCGCCGAGUUUAACGGCUCUCCUCAGUCAGGCUUGAUGGGAAAGUGCCGUCGACCUCGAACUGCCUUCACUAGUCAGCAACUACUGGAGCUGGAAAACCAGUUCAAACUGAACAAGUACCUGUCUCGACCCAAACGCUUUGAAGUGGCCACUUCACUAAUGCUGACUGAAACACAGGUGAAAAUCUGGUUCCAAAACCGACGGAUGAAAUGGAAGCGCAGCCGCAAAGCCAAAGAGCAAGCAGCACAGCUAGAGGCUGAUGGAAACCAACAGGCCAAACGCUCCAGCAAACCUGGAGACCCUCGUCGUUGCAGCACACAGGAUGACGACGAAGAGCUGGAAGCAGAGGAGGAAGAGGAUGAAGAUGAAGGCUUUGGAGGUGCUCUAAACAGCAGCGUGGGCCUGCCUCACUCCUCAGACUUUCUCCAGCACAGCUCCGAGCUGAGCUACAGCUCUCACAGCUCUUACUCAGACGAUGACCUGGAAGAGAUUGGAGCAGACAGGAAGAUUGGAGUAGGGCUAUGA